AUGAAGUCCAUUCUUGCAUCUUUCAGCCUUCUCGCCAUCCUUGCUAACGCCAAUCCUGUUGAGCCUCGCCAAUCUUGCCCGAAGGUACAUGUUUUCGGCGCUCGUGAAACGACCGCCUCUGCCGGCUAUGGGACUGCUGGAGGUCUAGUGAACCAAGUCCUCGCCUCCUACUCAGGGUCUACCGCCGAAGCGAUCGUGUACCCAGCGUGCGGCGGCCAGGCCAGCUGUGGCGGCGUCAGCUACGACAGUAGCCAAAGCCAGGGCACGACGGCAGUAGUGAAAGCGGUCAACGACUUCAAUGCGAAGUGUCCAAGCACUCAGUUAGUUUUGGUUGGCUACAGCCAAGGCGGCCAAAUCAUGGACAAUGCGAUCUGUGGUGGUGGCAGUGCGCAGCUCUCGGGCAAUGCAUUGAACGCGGUGAAGGCGGCGAUCUUCAUGGGUGAUCCGAGAUAUGUGCAUGGCUUGUCGUAUAAUGUUGGGACGUGUGCAGCGCAAGGGUUCGCUGCUCGGCCGGUUGGAUUCACGUGUGUGUCUGCGGCGAAGCUCAAGAGCUACUGUGAUGCUCCGGACCCGUACUGCUGUACUGGAAAUGAUGCUGCUACGCACCAGGGCUACGUUACAAAGUAUGGGAGCCAGGCAUUGGCUUUCAUCAAGACUAAGGUGACUGCGUAA